GGGCGGGGAGGGAUGGGCGUGAGCGCCGAGCCGCGGAGCCUCUCGGUCGCCGGGGCCGGGCUCGCGUCCCCGAAGAUCGGGACGGCGCGCUCGGCGCUGCUGCCGCCGCCGGACGUAGAGGACCCAGUGGACACGCUCAUGUUACAUCCAGUGGUCAAAGCUUUCCUCUGUGGCUCCAUCAGCGGGACCUGCUCCACCCUCCUCUUCCAGCCUCUGGACCUCCUCAAGACCCGCCUGCAGACCCUGCAGCCCUCAGACCUAAGGUCCAGGCGUGUUGGGAUGGUGGCUGUGUUCGUGAAGGUGGUUCGCACGGAGAGCCCUUUGGGCCUUUGGAAAGGGAUGUCUCCUUCCGUCGUGAGGUGUGUCCCUGGUGUGGGGAUCUACUUUGGCACACUGUAUUCCCUGAAGCAGUACUUCCUGCGAGGCCACCCUCCCACCGCCCUGGAGUCGGUCAUCCUGGGCAUGGGCUCACGUUCUGUCGCAGGAGUCUGCAUGUCGCCCUUCACAGUGGUCAAGACGCGCUAUGAGAGCGGGACUUACAGCUACGAGAGCAUCUGCGGAGCCCUGAGGAGCAUCUAUUGCAGUGAGGGCCACCGCGGCCUCUUCAGGGGCCUGACGGCAACCCUCCUUCGAGAUGCACCCUUUUCAGGGCUCUACCUGAUGUUUUACAGCCAGACCAGAGCCGCAGUGCUCCAUGGCACAGACCGGCUGGAGGCUGCUCCGAUGCCCCUUGUUAAUUUUGGCUGUGGGGUGCUUGCUGGCAUUCUGGCUUCGCUGGUGACGCAGCCGGCAGAUGUGAUCAAGACUCACAUGCAGCUCUCCCCAGUGAGGUUUCGGUGGAUUGGCCAAGCGGCCAUGGUCAUCUUCAAGAACCAUGGGCUGCGUGGCUUCUUUCAUGGCAGCGUUCCUCGGGCCCUCCGUAGAACUCUAAUGGCUGCCAUGGCAUGGACUGUCUAUGAGGAGAUGAUGGCCAGGAUGGGCCUGAAGUCCUGACAAGAGAUGGCUGGGGAAGGAAGAUCUGCUGUCCCGCACGGGUCCUGCCACGGCUGCUGCAGCGCUCUCCUGGAGUCUGCUGAAGCAAGUGCUGUUGCCUUUAGUCCCCCAUUCAGAGAGAACCGACAGGUGACUAGAGCCCCGGAAGUCACCAGCGCCUGUGCAUACUCCCGUCAGCACACAUGGGAGCGGGGGGGCCGAGCUAGGCCGCUCCACACGGCUGUGUGCGAGGCGUUUCUGGAGACUACCUGCAUCACAGGGCGCCUUAGAUAUGCUGGUCAAGGAACUCCACGGUAGAGAAGCUGUGGCCUCCUGCCACGUCUGAGGUAGGAAUCUCUGGUGAAGGAAGGCUGGACCUACGAGCUGUCUGGACCAGUGAGAUGGCAAGUGCUGCUUGUUUGAGGGCCUCCGCUGGGCCACUGUGGAGGAGAGAGCCAACUCCUGCAAGCUGUCCUCAGCGCUCCGCACAUGCGCGGUGGCACACUCCAUACCCAGUAAUGAAUGUAAUAAAAAUAAAGACAUCAGCAGGCUGGA